CGCGCUGGGCCAUGCAGAUGUGUCGCAGAUUUUAAAAGUCACUGUGCGCACAGAAAGAUCUAGUACGAGGAAAUGGGACGCUGAAAAGCGUUCAAAAACUGAAGCCAAAGAAAAUCUGCGGUGAGAACAAAAGCAGGAAAAAGCCGAUUCCGACUGGAUAUAAACCCACUAUCACGAGCAACGCGCGUUUCCAAGUAGAUAUUAAACAUCCCCGGUGUUUAUUUAUUAAAAUAUAAUUAAAGCGCAAAUAAUCCAAUGGAACUGUCAGCUAUCGGGGAGCAAGUGUUUGCCGUGGAAUCGAUCAUCAAGAAAAGAGUACGGAAGGGCCAUGUGGAAUAUUUGCUCAAAUGGAAAGGGUGGCCCCCAAAGUAUAGCACAUGGGAACCUGAGGAGCAUAUCCUGGAUCCUCGGCUUGUUCUAGCAUAUGAGGAGAAAGAGCACAAAGACAGGGCCGUGGGUUGGCGUAAGAGAGGACCUAAACCAAAAAGACUUUUUGUGCAGGGAAUUUAUUCGAUGGAUCUUCGCAGUUCACACAAAGCAGCAGAGAAGUCUCCAGGACAUCUGCACCUGUCCCUUACACACCCCCUCGAACCACAUGAUGGACAUGCAUCACAGCAAUUCUGCUCAAAGGAAAGUGUCGUAUAUCGUCAAUUAGUUCAUCACAAGAGAAAAAAGAGAAACCUCAAAGGAACAUUAGUAGAGGACUGGGAGGAAUUGGACAAGGAUGACAACUUUGAAGAGGAGGUUAUAAGACCGCAAGAGACUGACAGGGUCACUAUAAACAGUAAUGUGGAGACAGAGGGUUGGAGUCCAAUAACUGGUUCAGAGGAAAUGACAGUGUCUCCAGAGUGUGAGGAAUGGAGGCCAGUUUUGGGUCCAGAGGAGGUAACUGUGACAGAUGUCACCAUCAAGUCACUGACAGUCACUUUUAGAGAGGCUUUGGUUGCAAAAGGCUUCUUCAGGAACUGGGAAAUGGAGCUGUAAUAUGAUGAAGUAUGAAGCUGUUGCGUGAGACCGAAGGCGGGAGAAGUGAAACGUGAGACUUUCAUCAAAUGCACUACAUGUAUUGAAGUUUUACAUAAUUCUUUCUACUGAAUGACUUUUCUUUAAAAUUUUAUGGUACAUUUAUCAGUGGUACAGCAGACAUCUCCAGCAUGGGAAGUCUCCUCAUUAUACUGUAGGUGUAUGCUCUGUUGAUGUCAAUACAAGAGAAGCAAUUUACAAAAUACAGUUUUAUAUUUGAAGCCUGUGAGCUAAUAGAAAAGAUACUGAAACUAGACUUACAUAGUACUGCUGUUUGAGCGCGUGUUUAUUUAAGUACGUGUUAAAGUACUUUUCAGAGUCUAAUUUGUAACUUUAGUAACAAUCAGUAAAUUGUUAAUCAGUGCACCGUGAAGGGGCACUUGCACACAUUUCUAUUCAUUUAAAUUCAUUUCAGUUCAAUUAAAAUACAAAUCUUGGUUUUGAGAUACCACAUUUCUGGAAAUUGGAAAAUUAUAACUAAUGUGAAAUGAUUAAUUAUUACCAGGGCUGAUUAUCAAAAUCAACUUAGAACAACUAGAAUAUGUUAUAGCAACAAUUUCCCUAUGAGGUCAAUAUAGUGUUCUGAUUCUGAUUCUUGAUUCUGGUAUCACAGCAACAGGACAGCUGUUGGGGAACUGGGGACCUCUCUGACAGAAAUAUGUAUCUGCAAACACUUCAGAUGUGUUGUGCACUCUCUUCUCUAAAUCAGUGUACAGGUCAAACCAGUAAAGAUUUAUCUAAUAAAUAAGUAUUCAAGACCUACUGUUAUAAGAAAAUGCUUCUUGCAUUCUUCUAUAUUCAAGAAAUGCUUUAAGAGGAUACAGUUUUCUUAUGUCCAUGACUUAAUCUCCUCAGUAUUGAAGCUUGUCAUUAAUAAUAAAUGCUUUUUUCUAACAACUUA